UGUGAAAUGUAAGCAUAAUCUAAGGGUCCAAGUGUCUUGCCAUCUUCUAAUCGCUGCUGAUUUACGGUCACAAAGAAUCGUCUUUGUCUCCAACCCAAGUUGACCCAUCUCGUCUCGAUAAACACACAAAUGAAUUGUGAUUUAUAAUCACUUUCUCUCUUCUUUUUCCUUUGAUAUCUCCCCUUCUUUUAUUGCGACAUGGGACAAAUCCUCGAAAAACUUCAAGGUAAGCAAUGGAGAGAAAAACAAAUACGGAAGAUAAGUGACAAGGUCUUUGAUUAUUUCAAGGAUGAUGCCGGAAAGGUUAUUAUGACGUUUGAAGACUUAUACAUUGCCGUGUUACUUGUGUACAAUGAUAUCAACAAGAAUUUGCCUGGGCCUCAUUUUGAUCCCCCAAAGAAGGAGGAAAUCAGAAUCUUGUUGAAGGAAUGUGAUAUGGAUCUUGAUGGGGGACUCAACCGCGAAGAAUUUGAGGAGUUUAUGAAAAGGCUAACAGCCGAUACCUUUGUGUAUGUUACGCAAGGGUUGAUUAUCACACUAGCCAUAGCACCAACGGUUGCUAUAGCAACAAAGAGGUCGACUGAGGGUGUUCCGGGCAUUGGAAAGGUGGUUCAGAAGCUACCCAAUUCGGUAUAUGCAGGCCUUAUCACUUUUGCAGUUAUGAUGAUCCAGAAAGCUAACGAGUAAAUUGGCGUCGAAGUUUAAAAAGUUGUUGAUUUGGGUUGUUGUUCUUCAAGUUAUGUAUAUAAAAACUACCAAUAAUCCUGAAAUGUCAAGAUUUGAGUAAAAUGUGAUCAAAGGGUUUUGUAAGAUGCACUAAUAUAAGCUGUGGAUGGAUUUCAAUUGUUCUUCAAAUAUAAUUACAUGUAUAUUAAUGUAUCUACUUGUGCCAGAUUUCU